AGCCAAUCUUUGGGCGAAAUGAAUAUCCAAGCCGAACUUGAAAUUCUCUUCCAUGGUCGUCGCCAUCUUGCUUGUCGCGUGGGUCCCACGUGUUGCUCUUUUCGGAUACUUCGUGCCGCAACAUUAAAGGAUGUGCUGGCCGGCCUGGUGGUUGUGCAGAGUAAAUCGGACGUUCAGCACCAGGGCAUCACGCUGGUCGUAGACGGCUCAGUCAACCUACAGCUGAGCUCCAAGAACGUUGGACUGUUUGAGGCAUUCUACAACUCCAUCAAGCCGAUACAGCUCCUGAAUUACGUGGUCAAUGUUGCCAAACCGGGGAAGAUUCCUGCGGGAAAGACAGAAAUUCCAUUUGAGCUCCCGCUGAAACCCAAGGCGAAUAAGAACCUGUAUGAGACGUACCAUGGAGUCUUCGUCAAUAUUCAGUACACAAUCAAGGGGGAGAUGAAGCGCCCUCUACUGGCCAAAGACCUGACCAAGUCCAUCGAGUUCAUCGUCGAGUACAAGGAUCAGAAGGAGAAGGCGCAGCCCAAGCCGGUGUCCUUUGCCAUCACGCCCGAAUCCUUACAAAACAUCAAAGAUAAAGGAGGACUGCCACGUUUCAGCAUCAAGGGCAAGCUAGACUCGGCCAUUUGCUGCAUCAAGAACCCCCUGACCGGCACAGUGGUCAUUGAGUAUUGCGACGCGCCCAUCAAAUCGGUGGAGAUACAGCUGGUGCGAGUUGAGACGUGCGGCUGUGCUGAGGGCUACGCAAGAGAUGCGACGGAGAUCCAGAAUAUUCAGAUCGGUGAGGGUGAUGUGUGCAGAGGGAUCACCAUCCCAAUGUACAUGGUCUUCCCUCGACUCUUCACUUGCCCUACGCUAGCUACUAGUAACUUCAAAGUCGAAUUUGAAAUCAACCUUGUCGUCGUCCUUCAAGAUGAUCACCUGAUCACAGAGAACUUUCCUGUCAAGUUAACACGCUUCUAGACAAAUGACAACCACAAGCCUAAAUAAUGAUUCAUUUUAUUAAACUGGUCGUCAUGAAGCGCCUUCCAAAGGAUACAGAGCGCUCAAGGGCGGA